AUGCCAUCCACAUCAUCCAUCCUGCGCGCCGCGCGCCCCGCGUUCCGCGCAAACACAUUCGCCUCGCGAACGACGCAGGCUUUCAGACCUAGAUUCCAGCAGCAGAGCAAGAGAUGGCAGAGUACGACAGGGGCGGCGACGGAGGCGGCUGCUCAGGGUUGGUUCGCGAGGAUGUGGAAUAGUCCUAUUGGGUUGAAGACUGUGCAUUUUUGGGCUCCUGUCAUGAAGUGGUCCCUCGUCCUAGCAGGUGUAUCCGAUUUCUACCGUCCACCCGAGAAACUCUCGCUCACGCAAAACGCCGCACUCACAGCCACCGGAGCGAUCUGGACAAGAUGGUGCUUGAUCAUCAAGCCAAGAAACAUUCUUCUCGCAACCGUCAACUUCUUCCUCGGAGCCGUCGGUGUCAUCCAAGUCACCCGUAUCUUGAUGUACAAUGCCUCCGUGAAGAACGAGACACCAAAGGAGCAGGCUGAGGAAGCCAAGGAUAGUUUGGUUAAGACUGCUGAGGGGUUGAAAGAUGAUGUUGUUGCUGCUGUUAAGAAGGCUUAA